AGUUUUAACCAAACAUCUGCACUGUCUGUGUAACCCGUGAAGAUCCGGGUUAGAACAGGUAUUCAGCACCCAAGAUGCUCGCCGUUUACAAGAGGCUCCUAAACUUAUAAGAGGCGACUAACGGGAUCGGUUGGUCAUGCUUCCUGGCUUGGUUGAUGCAUGUCAUCGUAUCCCAGUUGCGUAGAUCAAUGCUCAUGAUAUCAAUGACUGGAUUGUCUGGUCCGGACUCGAUUAUUUACAGACCGCUGUCAUGUAGCUGGGAUAUUGCUGUGUGGUGUAAACAACAAACAAACACUGACUGAGUUUUGAAAACCCUUCAUGGCUGCGAAACAACAAAAUUCACAAUUUGUCAUAUAGUUCAAUACACCUACAUAUAGCUAUUCUCACUUGACAUGGUUUAAAUCAUUGAGAUCUAGAUCUAAGCGAACAUGACAGAUGCCAAAUACGAAACUAAUGUUGAUUACAUAGCUUUGCUUGGUUUCAAGAUGGCGGCUCACAGAGCUAAAGACUGGAAAGGAAAUAUUUUGAUUCAACUGCAAGGUCGAAAUAAGAAACAAACCCAAGCAUAUGUAGGCCUAAUUCAAGCACAUAACAAGCUUGUAGAGAUCGCGUCUUCACUCAAGUCACGUAAUGUUCAACUCCAAGUUGAGGCAGAGAAAUUGAAGGAAGAAAACUUUAAUCUCCAGGUGAAGGUUGAAACUGGUGGCGGCAGUGGCGGCGGUGGGGGUGGAGAGAAGGUGACACAUCUGGAGCAGAAGCUGUACAAGUUGCAGGAGGAACUCACGGAACUACACAGGAAGAGGGGGGAGAAUGCCCAGCAAAUUAUUGACCUCAAGAAUGUUUUACAAGAAAAAGAAAAAGAUUUACAACUAAAAGAUGCAAAAUUGUCCGACUCAGAAGCCAACAUCCUCGCUUUGAAGAGUGCCCAGCGACAGCUGGAGAACACCAUCAUUGAACUGGAGGCCACCAACCAGAUGCUGAAGGACGAGCACCAGGCCCUCCAGCUGGCGUUCACGGCGCUGGAGGAGAAGUACCGCAAGGUGAUGGAGGAGAACUGUGAGCUGGUGCAGCGGUGGAUGGAUCUCAAGGCCAAGGAUGCUGACAAGCUCAACGAGGAGAAUGACGACUUCCUCAAGAAGCGGCAAGCACAGUUGCGGAAAGACCUUGCUGAUGCAGCGAAGGAACCUGUUGCAAUAACAGAAACCGGAAAGCUCUUGCUGCCCGGCAUUACCCCCAUCUGCCUCAGUGCCUCUAUACCAAGCAAAGCACAGUGUGUCUUCGAUGCUCAUGAAGGGGAGGUAAAUGCUGUGCAGUGGAGCGGCUCUGGGAGACUCUUUGCAACUGGUAGUGCCGAUAGAAAAAUAAAACUCUGGGAAAUUAUUAAUGGCAAAUGUGAACAAAAGGGCAUCCUGACGGGUAGCAAUGCCGGGAUCAUGGCGAUAGAGUUUGACAUUGAAGACAGCUUAAUCCUUGGUGCUUCUAAUGACUUUGCAAGUCGAGUCUGGUCAGUGACAGAUCAGCGAUUACGGCACACACUGACAGGUCACAGUGGCAAGGUGCUGGCAGCCAAGUUCCUUGGGGACACCAACAAGGUUGUGUCGGGAAGCCAUGACAGGACGCUCAAGGUGUGGGACCUCCACAGCAGGGCGUGUAUAAAGACAAUAUUUGCGGGGUCAAGUUGCAAUGACCUGGUGACGCUGCACGGGAACAACAUCAUCAGCGGCCACUUCGACAAGCGUGUCCGGUUCUGGGACACCCGGUCAGAUUCUAGCGCUAACGAAAUCAUGCUGCAGGGACGGCUGACAUCGCUAGAUCUAGCUCCAGACCGGUGUAGUUUGCUGUGCUGCACACGAGACGAUUCGGUGAAGAUUAUCGACCUCAGGAUGAACCAAGUGUCAGCCACGUUUUGCGCUGAUGGGUUUAAAGUGGGCUGUGAUUGGUCAAGGGCUGUUUUCAGUCCUGAUGGCAGCUUUGCAGCUGCUGGUUCAAAUGAUGGAGGGCUGUAUAUCUGGAACAUCGGCAAGAACAAGGUGGAGAAACUUCUUAAAGAACAUAGUCAUGCAAUAAUGGCCUGUGCGUGGAAUCCGAUUGGCUCCUCUCUGGUCAGCUGUGAGCGUUCAAGGAAAGUCAUCUACUGGGCCGAUUACUGAACAACAGCAUGUAACCAACAGACAGAGGGAAUGAAAUCCAAUGUGACAGAGUCAUAAUCACAUGCAAGAGAACUUGAGUCUCCUGACAAUCAAUAUAUAUAAUGUGAAAAGGUCUCAAAGCUAAGAAAGGGCAUUUUGAUGAACACAGUUUUCCAUACUUUAUUCUAAGACAAACACUUUUCUUGGACUAUUAUAUUUCUGUCCACCUUUCCCUAAGCAGAGACAGUUUCAAUCAAAGCUAAUGUUUAGAUAAUCCCCUUUACCAUUCGUAAUGAGAGCUGCUUUGCUUAGAUCUCUUCGCGAAUGUUGAAGUGAUGUUGCUUGCUGAGCAUGACUAUAAUAGCUUCCUGUAUACCGUUAUCAAUAGAAAAAAGUCAUCUAUAUAACAUGUUACAUCCUUAUCUUUUAUUCAUCCUAGAAUGAUAUAUAUGCCUGAUACAGCCAAUCGGUGAACAUGGUGAAUAAGUGAAUAAAUAUACUGGUGAUGAGGUACGGUGAGGUGAAAUGGGGUGUAACCUCAUGUCCAAGAUAUUGUACUUCUAUAGCAGCAUGUGUGUGUGUGGCUGCUUGUACUCGUCCCGAUUUUUGGCUGUUUAAUGGAGCUAGCUCACAAAGAUAUGCUGCAAUUUAAGAUGGAUACCCCACUCAGACACAGGGUACUGACUCCGAGCCGACCAGUCCUUGUUUUAGCCCCUAAAUGCUGACUGCCAGACAGGGUAACAACAAGUACCAUCUUUUAAUGUCUUGUGGUAUGACACGGCCAGGCAUCGUAACCACCGACCUGCCACUCUCUGGACAGACACUCUACCACUCGACCUCGGAUUGGAGGGAAUAUAAUGGUUAUAUGUGAUCGUAUUCAAUACUUGUAUACACCAACACAGUUAUGCCGGAUCUCUAAUACUCCGGAGCCAUUGUUCAGGCACUUUCACCAGCAAUCGUAUUGUCAAGAAUUAAAGUUGUUUCACUUUUUGACAAUGGACAGGUCAGUUAAGUUACAUAGUAUUCUCUCAGUGCCUGAUGUAUUGCCAGCUAUCUCCUUCAAGUAAUACCUUUCUGCAUGAAGGGAUCUGACCACACCUCCAUAGGAAGUCACGUGAAACCUUAAUUCUCGGUACAAGUGAGUGAAGGAUUCAUAUCUGAAUUCUAUAUCUUAGAACAAAUGUGACCCACCAGGAUUGUUUGUUUGUUUGUUUGUUUGUUGUUUGACGCCGAACUCAGCAAUAUUCAAGCUGUAGGACGGUGAUCUGGU